CCCUCCUGUUCACAGGGGCCACUUCUGAAGCUCGGGACCCACUGGGUGGCAGCCACAUCCAGGAUGUCCACGCUGAGCAUCCACUGCCUGAAGCCCUCGGCUCUGCGCCUGCCGUCUGGGAUCCCAGGGUCCCCAGGCCGCCAGCGGCGCCACACGCUCCCCGCCAACGAGUUUCGCUGCCUCACCCCAGAGGACGCUGCUGGCGUGUUUGAGAUUGAGCGAGAGGCCUUCGUCUCUGUCUCUGGCAACUGCCCCCUGAAUCUGGAUGAGGUCCGGCACUUCCUGACCCUGUGUCCAGAGCUGUCCCUGGGCUGGUUUGUGGAGGGCCGCCUCGUGGCCUUCAUCAUCGGCUCCCUGUGGGACGAGGAGAGACUUACUCAGGCGUCACUGACGCUGCACAGGCCCGGGGGGCAUGCUGCCCACCUGCACGUGCUGGCCGUGCACCGCACCUUCCGGCGGCAGGGCAAGGGCUCCGUCCUGCUCUGGCGCUACCUGCACCACGUGGGCGGCCAGCUGGCCGUGCACCGGGCCGUGCUCAUGUGCGAGGACCCGCUGGUGCCCUUCUACCAGAGGUUCGGCUUCCAUCCCGUGGGCCCAUGUGCCAUCGUCGUGGGCUCGCUGACCUUCAUGGAGAUGCACUGCUCCCUGCAGGGCCAUGCCGCCCUGCGCCGGAACAGUGACCCCUGACCUGCUGCCUCCCGGGGAGCCCACGGUCAGGGGCUCCUACCCAAUCCCUGGUCGGUCCCCUUCUCUAUCCUGCCAUUCUCCUGCACCGCUUGGUCUGAAGGGAGACGGUGAUUCCCAGUGGAUGGUGGAGAGGGGGGAAUGGGUGAAAUAAAGAGAAGGCGGGGCGGCUGCUCCCAGCCCGGGUGCCCUCCUGGG